CACUGCUAAGUUUAAUAACGGUUUAGCGUUAACGAUAUCAUAGCUAACGGUAAUUUCUUAAUCAUUCAAUGUAUUCAGGAAGUUCUAUUUAUUUUAAAAAUGUAUAUACUUGACAUAGUUUUCUAUUUGCUCAGUGCGCCAUUUGAAACGUCACGAAUCUAGUUUGUGUAGAUCUAUGAUUUUAACGCCGCCGACACAAGGUACUGAGCAAAAUGUGAACCGGAGGGGAAAAUAACGUCCGCUUGCUGGGGCAGUAACUAUGGAAGGUUCAGUGUCAAAUUUAGAAGUCUGCAAUUUUGCUUAUGCUGGGAAGUUUGACCAGUUAAAACAGAGCAUAUUGUCUGAUAAAUCACUGGCUACCAAAACAGACCAGGAUCAUAGAACCGCUCUUCACUGGGCAUGUUCAGCGGGUCACACUGAUAUAGUACAAUUCCUGUUGAAUUUUGCGGUAGAUGUGAAUCUUAAAGAUGAUGCAUGCUGGACACCCCUACACAUCGCAGCAUCUGCUGGCAGAGAAGAAAUCGUGAGAGCGUUGAUAAGCAGAGGAGCAGAUCUGAACCCUGUCAACCAGAAUGGCUGCACACCACUACACUACGCUGCCUCUAAGGACAGAUAUGAGAUUGCCCUUAUUUUGCUGGAAAAUGGAGCCGACCCCAAUGCCACAGACAAGUUGGACUCUACUCCCCUGCACAGAGCUUCUGCAAAAGGAAACUACCGUCUCAUACAGCUUCUCCUGAAGCAGAGUGCUUCCACAAAUAUCCAGGAUUCCCAAGGAAACACAGCCCUGUGA